CACCUCCCUUAGCCUCGCAAUGAAAAUCCAACCUAAAGCCAGAGAAGAACACAUAGAACCACAUGAAGAUUUGGGAACUGGAGCCUCACUCGGCCCCCCGAUAUUAGGUACCUUGAACAAUGAGGGCCUAGUGACAGCAAUUCAACAUCAAUCAGAACUUAUGGAAGAAUUGCUGAAUGUACAGAAAGAACAAGCUGCAUCGUAUAAUGCACUCUCGAGAGACAUCCUCGAUGUCCUGAAGCAAACGUACAGCAGGCAGGUGACACUUGAUAUCUCCAACAAGGCCAUACCAUCUGCCCCAGCCACUAGCUCAAGUGGUUGGUCGCCUUUGCUUCGCGCCCACUUGGAGCGUAUUCAGCCGACGGUGGAUCGCUGGCGUGGCACACUGGACACUUUGCUGGUCUUCAUCGCUCUCUUCUCCGCCAUCGUUACGACGUUCUUUGUCCAGUCUCUUACUGGCCUGUCACAGGACACAGGAGCAAGAACCAACGAGCUCCUUCAGAACUUUACUGACAUAUACAUUGCCGUCAAUGCCGCUAACGCAUCACAGCUUGACUUCUCCCCUCCCGUUCAGUUUGAGCCCGAAGGUAGUGCUGUGAGACUCAAUUUCUAUUGGUCCAUCUCACUGAUACUCAGUGUCUCGGUAGCUGCUCUUGCGGUGACAAGCCGAGGAUAUGUGGCCAUGCUGUCCCGUUCCGAGCAUCGAGCAGCUCACCAAAAACUAGGUGAUUUACACCGUCGCUGGGCUCAUGCUGAGCGAUUGCUCGCUCCUGCAGUGGAGCUGCUGCCGCAACUAUUGAUCAUACCAGUCCUACUCUUCGUCGUGGGCCUCCUCGACAAUAUUAUAUCGAGCGCCAUCCCAAUCUCAC